CUUCAACAGAUAGUUUUGAACAAAACGGGUAAUAGACAGUUAGUUUGCGAAAAUGGCUGCCGUGGAAGCUCCGAUGCCGGGAUUUUCUUUUGAAAACUGCACAAGGAAUAAACACAUAGAGAAACUUGGACUGAAGGCGCCAACAGCUUACAAGACUGGAACAACUAUAGCAGGGAUCAUUUACAAGGAUGGGGUUGUCCUUGGCGCUGACACAAGAGCUACAGAAGACACGAUUGUGGCUGACAAAAACUGUAGUAAGAUCCACUAUCUCGCUGACAACAUGUAUUGUUGUGGAGCCGGAACUGCUGCUGACACAGAAAUGACGACCCAAAUGAUCUCGUCUCAACUUGAGCUUCAUAAACUGAACACCGCACGAACACCUCGUGUUGCCACUGCAAACAGGCUUCUGAAACAGAUGCUGUUUAGAUACCAGGGUCACAUCAGUGCUGCGCUGGUCUUGGGCGGUGUUGAUGUCACAGGACCACACUUAUACAGUAUACAUCCCCACGGAUCCACGGACAAACUGCCGUACGUUACUAUGGGGUCUGGUUCUUUGGCUGCCAUGGCAACGUUUGAGGACAGAUUUAAACCUGAUAUGGAGAAAGCAGAAGCUAUGAAGCUAGUGAGAGAUGCGAUAGCGGCAGGAAUCUUCAAUGACCUUGGGUCUGGAUCUAACGUUGACAUCUGUGUGAUCACGAAGGGCAAGGUGGAAUAUCUGCGACCAUUUGAUGAGGCUAACGUCAAGGGACAGAGGGAAGGGAAUUACGGCUUCAAGCGAGGAACAACGGCCAUUCUGUCAACAGAGGUCAAGAAAAUCCCCUUCGAGAUUCUCGCAACGUCUGUCGUCCAGUCCGAUACAGCGAUGGACACAGCAUGAGGAUCAUCUAGGGUCUAGUUUUGGCACGAAAUAUGUGGAAUAGGUCAUAGGAUUACUAUGUGUUAUGUGGAAUCUUGUGAAAAGGGAUUGUCUUAAGAGAUUGGCUCCAUGUAUAAAUAAAUGCUACAUUUGUUUUUCUAAAAUUUCCAUGGAUUUAACUUGCGAUAUUAUUCCUUAUUUAAACUUCUAAUAUUCAAAGAAAAAUUCACAUUAAUACACUUCAAAAAAAUAAUGAUUUGGUAGCUUUUCAAUUUUUGUCGAUCUUUAAUACAUUUGUAAUGUGAAAUAAAAUAUAAUUUAAAAAAGUAGAUUAAAUUGUUUUACUGUUACAUGCAUAUUUUCAUUGACUGCUUCAUUACAUUUCAUUAUCAUAGCGAAAAAUAGUCAAACAUGGACCAACAUUUUAAUAAGUGUUAACACUUGUAAAUUUUUUGUCUGAUAAAAAAAUCUACAACUUUUAUUUGCUGGAAUUAUAAGUUCUGUGUUUGUCAAACAUUCCCAGACAAUAUCGAAGACUCCAUUUAUAGACAAUGUGACCAUUACUGUUCUUCCCGUGUCAUGGUUUCAUAUUUUGGAUCAAUUUCAAUGGAUAGUUACAGUUUUGUAUAAGUGCUAUUCUCAAAAUAUGUUGAUUAAAUGAUAUUUAACA